AUGGGUGAAAGUAAUUUGCAAUAUCUUAAGGCAGUACGAACAAGGUAUUUUCAUACAUUAGAAAAGGAGGUUGAAAACGGUCGGAAGUUAUUUGAAACUGAAUAUGAAUACGAAAUGUUGUCAGAGCUCAAGGCUGUAAGGAAAUCUAUAGCAGAGUGCAAACUUAAGAUAAAUACUUACAUUGAGAAACUUAGCUUGCAGUCUGAGAAACUAGCAGAAAAACUAGGUCAAUCUGACGGUGAUUUUGCUCAGACUAUCGCCAACGAUGAUACUUCAUUGUGUGAAGAAGCGUGGUCAGUGCUUCAUAAGCUUCAGGUUUUGGAGAAUGAAUUGAUUGAAAGUAUUAAAGUUAUGGAACAGGAUGUUUCGCAGUCGCUUCAUGUCCCGGAGGAAACGGCUGUUCAAAAGUUAUGUGAAAUGCAAAUGAAAAUGCAGCAAGAGUUUUUUGAGAAGCAGCAGCAGAGAAGUGAAAUGCAAAUGAGAAUGCAACAAGAGUUUUUCGAAAAACAGCAAACGAGAAAAAGUGUGGAUACUGUGAAGUUGCCAAAACUGGAUAUGAUUUCAUUCAGUGGAAACCGAAUACAAUGGAUAGAAUUUUGGGAUUCAUUUGAUAGUUCAGUGAACAAGAACGACAAACUAUCUCCAGUUGAUAAAUUCAAUUACUUAAAGGGGAAACUUACUGGUGAAGCAAGAGCCGCAAUAGCAGGUCUAACUCUUUCAAAUGAAAAUUAUCAAGUUGCAAUUAAAAUCUUACAAGACAGAUUCGGUGACAAACAAGAAAUCAUCGACCUUCAUUACAAAGGGCUUUUAAACCUUACCUCACCUACAGGCACUACAGAAAGCCUACGCUUUUUCGUAGACAAAAUUGAACGUCAUCUUAGAAGCCUAGAAGUACUUCAUGAAAAUCUGGAUCAACACGUGUUUGUUUCAAUGAUUCGGAGUAAACUUCCAAAUGAUGUUCUCCUUCAGCUUGAAAUGUUGAAAGGUGCUGACAAGGUUUGGACAAUUAUCAAUUUGCGUGAUCUACUGCGACAGUACCUAGUGUCAAGAGAGAAAUCUGAAAAGAGUAAAGUGAUAAACCCAUCUGGAAGUCGGGAUACAUAUAGAUUUCAAGUUCAAAGAACACGAAACAAUGUCAAUAGUUACAAAGGUACUGCAGCAUCAAACCAAACCGCUGGAGCUUUGAUAACAAGUGAAAGAAAAGGAGCAAACUCACAAAAUAGUAAAAAGUGUAGAUUUUGUGAAAGAGAGCAUUGGACUGACGAAUGUCCAAGAUAUAAAACCAUAAAGGAAAGAAUGGGCAGACUCAAGGGAAGUUGCUUUAAAUGCUUAAAAGAAGGACAUUAUUCCAAUGACUGUAAAAGUAGAAGGAUUUGUGUUUAUUGCAAACAAGUUAAUGUGCACCAUAGAAGUUUGUGCCCGAAAAAGUACCAAAAGUCGGCAAUCAAUGAAAGUGUUAAUGUGUCUGAAGAAACACAAGAAACUUCAUCACCUGCCUCCGCAUCAGAGGAAAACGCUCUUCUAUCUUCAAAUGAGAUAGUGUUAAUGCAAACCGCACGCACACAGGUCAGAUCCACCUCCGAUCAAAGGAAAGAGGAAGUAAGGAUUCUACUGGACUCUGGUUCGCAGAGGACUUAUAUAACAGAGAGAUUGGCUGAAUCAUUGAAGCUCCGAAAAGAAAAUGAACAGGAAAUCCGGCUUGUGACGUUUGGCAGUGAUAAACCGAAAGUAAUUAAAACCAUGUCAACAAAAUUGAAUGUCCGACUUAAAGAUGGACAGGAAAUGACAAUCACUGCAAACAUUGUUCCCAAUAUAACAGGAAGCAUUCAAAGAAAACCAGUGAAGAUUUCAGACAGGGUAGGUUUUGAUUCCUUAGUUAAAAACCUCGACUUGGCUGAUACAAUGCCGAAAGAUAUUCAAACUGGUACUGUGGAGCUCCUUAUUGGAAAUGAUUACUAUCUGGACAUAAUACUCGGACAUAAGAUAGAGGUGCAAGAAGGGUUAUACCUUCUUUCUUCAAAACUUGGUUGGAUACUGACAGGAAGAACGAGCGAUUUCGACAAUGACAUUCACGAUGCUAGCAUGCUUAUAAUGACUCAUGGCAACAACAUCAACAAUACAGAAGUAUUUUCAAAUGUAGAUGAAUCGGUUGUUACUAAACCAAAUCUUGAGGACUUUUGGAAUAUCGAAUCUAUUGGUAUAAAGGAAAAUGUAUCAUGUUCAGAAAACGAACAAGCAAUGCAAAACUUCAGAGACACGUUGAUAUUUAGAGACAAAAGAUAUUUUGUUACAUGGCCAUGGAGAGACGGAGAUCCAAAUGUUCCAAACAAUCGCCAACUUGCAUUGGGACGCCUGAAAUCAUUGGUUUCUAGACUCGAAAGUAAACCAGACGUAUUGAAGAAGUAUGACAAUGUUAUUAGGGAGCAGCUUGAGAAAGGAAUAAUAGAAAAGGUUGAGACAUUUCAGCAGGAUGGUAUACUUCACUAUUUGCCCCAUCAUGCUGUGAUCAAGGUAGACAAAUCGACCACAAAGUUGAGGAUAGUCUAUGACGCGUCAGCAAAAACAAAAUGUGAGAACAACAGUCUUAACGAAUGUUUGUAUAGAGGACCUGUACUCCUGAAUGAUUUAUGUGGAAUUCUACUGCGAUUCAGGAUUCAUCAAGUAGCUAUAGUGUCUGACAUUGAAAAGGCCUUUCUCCAGAUAGGCUUACAAGAAAGUCAAAGAGAUGUAACACGCUUCUUGUGGGUGAAGGAUAUAGACAAUCCAGCAGUAACACAGAAACAGAUUCAAGAAUAUCGCUUCUGUAGAGUUCCCUUUGGCAUAAUUUCCAGCCCCUUCCUUCUAAGUGCGACAAUUGAAUAUCAUUUAGAUUGUUAUGAAAGCACAUUGGCAACACAACUAAAACAAGAUAUCUACAUGGACAAUGUUGUUACUGGGAUCGAUUCGAUUGAAGAAGGCAGAAAACUAUACGAAACAUCCAAACAAAUGUUUAAUGAGGCAAACAUGAACUUACGAGAGUGGGCUUCAAAUAGCAAACAGCUGAGUGAGAGUAUACCACUUGAAGACAGAACAAAAGGAAAAGAGAUAAAAGUAUUAGGACUCACAUGGAAUACAGAGAAGGAUACAAUUCUCGUUCAACAAGUGAAACCAUCAUGUGUACAAGGUGUGACUAAACGCAUUGUUCUUAAACAAAUCUCAAGUGUUUUUGACCCACUAGGAUUGUAUUCGCCAGUGUUGUUGAAAGGAAAAUUACUACUUCAAAUCCUCUGGAAAAAACACAUUGAAUGGGAUCAAACCUUAGAUGCUGAAGAUCAAAGGACAUGGGUUUCGAUUCAAGAAGAUGCAACCGCAAUACCCCUUCAUGAAAUGCCAAGAUGUAUUGUGUCAGGAAAAGGGAAUAAAUGUAAAAAUGUGAUCAUCUGCUUUUGUGACGCCUCCGGCAAAGCUUAUGCUACAGUGAUCUACUUAAUGCAAAUUGGAGAAACGGAGCAAACAUCUGAAUUGAUAUUUGCAAAGUCGCGUCUUGCUCCUGUAACUGGCAUUAGCAUUCCUCGAUUAGAACUAAUGGCAGUGUUGAUUGGAGUACGAUGUGUCGGAUUUGUAAGGGAGCAACUGAGAUUACCAAUACACGCUGUGUACUUGUUUACGGACUCACAAUGUACCUUGAAAUGGAUAUCGUCAACAAGAUCGUUGUCAGUGUUUGUCAACAACAGAGUGCGCGAAAUUAGAACUCAUGCGGACAUACGUUUUCGUUAUAUUCAAUCCAAAGAAAAUCCGGCUGAUCUAGCAAGUCGUGGCUGCACGUUGGAAAAGUUACUACAAAGCGAUCUUUGGUGGCAUGGACCAAUAUGGUUGUCCCGCGAUAUGUCAGAAUGGCCGGUUAACACUGAAGAUGAAACAGAAGAUGAAAAUGUUACACAGAAAUUUGAGAAUGAAAUUAAGCCAAAAAUAAAUGUUGAAGAAGCUAAUGUAUCAACAGAAGCCAGUAAUGUCAAUUGUGACGUUUUCCCCAAAGUUGCACCGUUUACAAUUGAUUGCAAACGCUAUUCAUCCUUGACGAAACUUCUGAGAGUAACUGCCCUGGUGACACGUUUCGUGAAAACACUGAAAAAAGAGAAGGUCAAUGAGUCAUAUUUGUCAUCAGAAGAGUUGAAAAAAGCUGAAAAGUUGUGGUUGUCGCACGUUCAACAUAAACAUUUCAGCGAUGUGUUGGAAUCCAUUAGAGAAAAUAAGGGAAACAACUUAAAGGUUCAACUCGGAAUAUACAAAGACGAUGAUGGAUUACUGCGGUGCAAAGGUCGUCUAGAAAACGCUUGUUUAACGGAAUCUGCGAGAUUUCCGUUGCUCCUUCCUCGUAAUGACAGAUUUACGGAGAUGGUUAUAGAAAAAGAACACAAACAGAUGCUUCACACAGGUGUAUCACAAACGCUAAGCAAGGUCAGGCAAAAAUACUGGAUUCUUCAUGGAAGAGCUACAGUUCGAAAAGUGUUAAACAUGUGCUUAGUAUGUCGUAAAAUAGAAGGUGGAUCAUACAAAAUGCCUCCAAUGGCGGCGCUACCACAAGCAAGGGUAUCGGAGAGUACACCAUUUACCUACAUAGGCCUAGAUUACUUAGGACCACUUUUCAUUAAGGAACAGGAAACUGAGAAAAUAUGGGUGUGUUUGUUUACAUGCAUGGUGACUCGAGCUGUGCACUUGGAAAUGGUCCAAAAUAUGUCAGCAGCGGCGUUCUUGAAUUGUUUAAGGCGAUUCAUUGCUUCGAGAGGAACACCGAGUGAAAUAGUAUGUGACAAUGCUAUGCAUUUUAAAUCAGCAUGCCAGACAACAGAGUUAGUAUGGAGGAGUGCAAUUAAAAGUGAAGAUGUUCAGAAUUAUUGUUCAAGUGUUGGGAUAAAAUGGAGAUUCAUCAUUGAAAUUGCACCUUGGAUGGGCGGAUUUUACGAACGGUUGGUUGGUUUGAUAAAGAGAUCCUUACGGAAAUCAAUUGGGAAAAAGAUGCUGAGCAGAGAUCAACUACACACUGUCUUAAAAGAGGCUGAAGCGGUUGUGAAUUGUCGACCUCUAGUAUAUGUUGGGGAAGAUAUAAACUCUACCAUAACAUUGACGCCAGCUCAUUUUAACUGUCUUAACCAGAAAACAGGCAUUCCGGAAUCUGUAAUGUCUGAAGAUGACCCAGAUUUUAAGAUUAGUGAUAACUCCGCUGAUAAAUUAUUACAAAUCUGGAAAAAAGGACAGAAGUUGUUGAAUUCGUUCUGGAGAAUAUGGCGUGAUGAAUACCUAUCCAGUCUUCGUGAAAGAACGCAGACUCUAUUGAAACAUGGAAAAAAUCAAGCAAAGUUCGAACCUAAUAUUGGAGAUAUAGUGUCUAUUAAAGAUAAUGUUCCACGCGGUAGUUGGAGGCUUGGAAAAAUUAGUGACUUAAUCAAAAGUGCAGACGGCUGUGUUCGAUCUGCAAAAGUUCAAACUGCAUCUGGAAGAGAGUUAAAAAGACCGUUGUGUUUGUUAUAUCCGUUAGAACUAAGAAACUCACCACAUCCUGAAAAUACAAAGUCUACAGAUUAUGAACUGAAAGAUGGCGCAAAACCGUCCAGACAAGCAGCGACAGCAGCAAGGGAGCGUAUUAAACGUUGUUUAAAUGAAAUGUAG